UAUUAUUACAUAAAAGAUUGACUACCACCCACCACCACACAAACAAAACAAAAUCUAAAGAGGCAAGAGGCCAAGGCCACAAAGGAAAGGGCUUUCGUCUCCUAUUUUCUCCUGGAGAGAUGGUUCUUGCUUUCAAACCGCCAUUGACAUACUUCUCCCCAUUUUCUUCGCCUCAUCUACCUCCACGCUCAGCUCCUUCUUGGCUCCUCCAUCACUCUAACUCUACCUAUAACCCCAACACUUGUCUUUCUCCACUUCCAAUCUAUGCACAUUCCAAGUGGCCUACAAACACACACUCCUUCGCCAUCUGGUAUCGCUACUCCAGCAGUGAAGAAGAAGAUGACAACCAUAGCUUUGACGAGGCAGUUUCCCUUUUCAACCAAAGGGAAUACUAUAAGUGCCAUGACUUGCUUGAAGCCUUAUGGAACAAAGCCGAGGAUCCCACUAGAACUCUCAUUCAUGGUAUUCUACAAUGUGCUGUUGGAUUCCACCACCUUUUUAACCAGAACCAUAAAGGAGCUAUGAUGGAGUUAGGUGAGGGGCUGUGUAAACUUAGAAAGAUGGAUUUCGACAGUGGACCUUUCUAUGACUUUGAACAAGACAUUUCUGCUGUUCUCAACUUCAUUUACAAUACUCAAAUUGAGUUGGCUGCCUGUGGUGAUGAUAUAUGUGUGACAAUGGAACAAUCGGAGAGGUCAUACCUUCUCCUCGGAGCCUAUGCUGCCGGCCAGCACCUUUAUUAUCUAGAAAUGGAUUCUGAUCAAAUUGUGUAUAUUGUAUUUUGCCCUCAAAGACCUAAUGGAUCUGCUGCUCAUACUUCAGCUUCAUCUCCAAAAGUGAGGCUUCCAAUUCUGAAAGCUGCUGAGGACCAUCUUUUGUUCUGUGAAUAAAGUCAUUGCAGGCAUCCAUCUUUUGUACAUGGUAUAUAUUGUGAAUAAUCGGUAAAAGUACCAUGGAGGCUUCUGUAUUAGAAUUCAAAUUGCAUUUUGCCACCACUUACUCAAAAAAUAGGUAAAUUUAUUCUUAUACAUUAGAUCAAAGAGCAGAUGAAUUCUUUCUAUUAACAAUAGAAAUGAAUGGAAUGCUUAACAGAAGGACUAAUUUGCCCUUUGAUCUAAUGUAUAAGGAUUAAUGUGCUUAUUUUUUAGGAAGAGAAGACACAAUACAAUUCAACUCAUAGUAUAAAGAUUUUCAUGGUACUUUUACUUGAAUAAUCCAAUCUAUUCCUUCCAAAAGAUUAUGCAUUAUUAAAGACCCUUAUAAUGUGUUUGGUGAAAACGAAGCUUUUUCAUUACGGAUGUAUAUAAAUUUGUUUAUUGAUAAUAUGCCAUAUACAAACUAUAUAAAUUUGUCAAUGAAAUUAAAGUUCAUAUAGUAAUGAGAAA